AUGUUUGGGAAACCAGACAAAAUGGACGUUAGAUGCCACUCGGACGCUGAGACUAACCGGGUCUCGAAGAAUGGACAUAAGGAGGGGAAGGAGAGCAAGGGGGGCGAAGGGAAUAUCUCCACUUCUUUUCUGAAGGAACCUCCGGGCACUUUCUCUCCGUCUACCGCUUCGGAAGACUGUAAUAAGAGUAAAUCUAAUUCUGCCGACCCGGACUAUUGCAGAAGGAUCCUGGUUCGAGAUGCCAAGGGCUCCAUCCGAGAGAUCAUCCUUCCCAAAGGCCUGGACCUGGACCGGCCAAAGCGGACCCGCACCUCAUUCACCGCUGAACAGCUAUAUCGUCUAGAGAUGGAGUUCCAGCGGUGCCAGUACGUUGUGGGGCGGGAGCGAACCGAGCUGGCCAGGCAGCUCAACCUCUCCGAGACCCAGGUGAAGGUAUGGUUCCAGAACCGGCGCACAAAGCAGAAGAAAGACCAAGGCAAGGACUCGGAGCUGCGCUCCGUGGUGUCCGAGACGGCCGCCACUUGCAGCGUGCUCCGUCUCCUAGAGCAGGGUCGCCUGCUCUCUCCUCCAGGCCUGCCGGGCCUCCUGCCCCCGUGCGCCACUGGCACUCUGGGUUCCGCUCUGCGAGGCCCCAGUAUUCCGGCCCUGGGCAGCGGCAGCUCGGGCUCGGGUUCCAGCUCCGCCUCGGGCCCCGCGGGCGGUUCCUCUCCGCACCCUCCAGCCGUGAGUAGCGCGACGGGGCCCGCCCCGGCCUCAGGACUGCAUCCUGCCCCAGCUGCUGGCCACAGUCUCUUCAGCCUGCCUGUGCCAUCCCUUCUGGGCUCGGUCGCCAGUCGCCUCUCCUCCAACCCCUUGACAAUGGCUGGCUCAUUGGCCGGGAAUUUACAAGAACUCUCCGCCAGAUACCUGAGCUCCUCCGCCUUUGAGCCCUACUCCCGGACCAACAAUAAAGACGGGGCGGAGAAAAAAGCACUGGACUGA